UUUAUUUUGUCCAUAAUGACAUGCUUAUGGUGGUAACGAUAAACUGUGGGAUUGAGUGUGUCUGUAAUAUAAGAACCCACAAACAUUUUGAGCAUAGUAACCAAGCAGGACAACACUAGGUAUUAUUUUGCUGCAUAUUUUUAAGAACGUAAAAGUGAGAACAACAAUCUGUGGAGCUGGACCUCUGCUUCAUUCAGCUCACAAGGAUAAACAGAGCUACUCAUCCCAGAGCUGGAGCAAGCUUAGCAAAGAUGAAGUUUUGUAGAAUUUUGUUACCAAAUGCUAAGAAGUCUUUACAAAGUGCAGUUUUUUGGAAGCUUAUGACUGGACCAAGUUUUCAUGGGACUGGCAAAAGCCACAUUUUUUGAUACCAUGGUAAUGUCAGGCUCCCGGAUCAUAUGCUGUAAUAAAAAAAACUCAUCCAAGAAUGGAGUACAUGAAACGGACAAAAUGGCUGAAAAUGUGCAAGAAAAAAUGAAGAUGAAACAAGAAAUUACUUUGAUUAAUGGUGUUUCUUUAAUAGUAGGGAACAUGAUUGGUUCUGGGAUAUUUGUGUCACCCAAAGGUGUUUUGAUGUAUAGUGCCUCUUAUGGACUCUCACUAUUCAUUUGGGCCCUUGGUGGGAUCUUUUCGUUGUUUGGAGCUCUGUGUUAUGCUGAACUGGGAACAUCCAUUGUUAAAUCAGGAGCUAGCUAUGCCUAUAUACUAGAAGCUUUUGGUGAAUUCAUAGCCUUUAUCAGACUGUGGUCUUCCUUGCUAAUUAUUGAACCAACAACUCAGGCUGUAAUAGCAAUUACAUUUGCUAAUUAUAUUGUUCAACCAAUUUUUCCAUCCUGUGAGCCACCAUACGAAGCAGUCAGGUUGAUUGCAGCUGCUUGCAUCUGCUCCUUAACAUUUAUUAACUGUGUCAACGUAAAGUGGGGAACCAGAGUACAAGAUCUGUUCACAUAUGCAAAAGUUAUGGCCCUUAUCGUGAUCAUCUCAGUGGGUCUUCAUAAAAUUAGUAAAGGAGAAACAGAAAAUCUUAAAGCUCCAUUUGAAGGUUCAACAACUGAUGUAGGAUGCAUAGCACUUUCUCUGUAUUCAGCCCUCUUUUCCUACUCUGGAUGGGAUACCCUGAAUUAUGUCACUGAGGAGAUGAGGAAUCCUGAAAGGAAUCUACCCCUCUCAAUUGCAAUUUCAAUGCCUAUUGUGACCAUUAUUUACUUGCUGACUAACAUAGCAUACUAUGUAGUGUUGGACAUGCCAGCUCUCCUAACAAGCGAUGCAGUGGCAGUGACAUUUGGUAAUGAAACCCUUGGUUAUGCUAAGUGGAUAAUUCCUAUUGCAGUGGCCAUGUCCUGUUACGGUGGAUUAAACUCAUCAACUAUUGCAGCUUCCAGGCUUUUUUAUGUUGGAGCCAGAGAAGGACACCUUCCUGACAGUUUGAGUUUGAUUCAUAUUAAGUGUUUCACACCAAUCCCUGCUCUUUUCUUUAAUGGUUUAAUGACUUUGCUCUAUCUCCUUGUGGAAGAUGUCUUUCUCCUCAUUAAUUACUACAGCUUCAACUACUGGCUGUAUGUUGGGCUGUCCGUUGCAGGAUUAAUAUACCUGAGACGUACUCAGCCUGAUAGGCCACGGCCUAUUAAACUCAGCCUCUUCUUUCCGGUAGUAUACUGUUUAUGUUCCAUUUUCCUGGUCAUGGUUCCUCUCUACAGCGAUACAAUCAAUACCCUCAUUGGAAUUGGCAUAGCCCUCUCUGGAAUUCCUGCAUAUUAUUUGGGAGUUUAUUUACCAUAUGAAAAGAAACCUAAAUGUCUUCAGUGGCUCUCUGCCACAACAACAAAAUAUGUUCAGAUGUUGUUCUACUGUUGUCUGACAGACUUGGACACUGAAGUGGAUCAGACAGAAGCUAAAGCCAAAUAGGGUUGUCUGGGCAUUUACAUACUUGAAGCAUUUUUACUGUCUGAAAUUUUGUGUAGGGUUGGUUGCACGAAAGUACCAACAAUUACACUGUGCAUCAGUUUGAUGUUAGUUAUUUUUGUGCUUAUUUUAUUAGCCCCUUCACUGCCAAGGGUAUUUACCAAUCCCUGUUCUACAGGAUUUUUUUCUAAUUUUGUUUAUUAAUGCUGAUUGAUUAGCUCGUGAUUGUGAAGUGCUUUGAAAAUAUAAAGCACUGUAUGAAGAAGCUCUUCAUGCAGGGCCGCCUGGAGGGAGGGGCAAGUGGGGCAAUUUGCCCCAGGCCCUGGGCCCCGCAGAGGCCCCCACAAGAGUUUUUUGGGGCCCCUGGAGCAGGAUCCUUCACUCGCUCCGGGCUCCCCAGAAAACUCUCGUGGGUCCCAGGCCCCCAGAGCUUCUUCCACUCUGCGUCUGGGUCUGGGUCUUCAGCAGCAAUUCAGCCCCAAAGACCUGCAGCGGGGGGGGUCCUUCCGCCCUGGGACCGGCUGCCGAAGUGCCGGGUCUUCGGCAGCAAUUCAGCAGCGGGGGGCCCCCGCCGAAGACCCCAGGCCCCCUGAACCUUUGGGCAGCCCUGUCUUCAUGUUACAUAAGUGUUAGUUUUUGCAAGCCUUUUGGAAUAAAUCUAGCCAGUGCAAAGCAAAAUCUUCAGAAAUGAAAAGACAAAUGAAAGAAUACAAUGCAAAUCAGACACUUAUUAGAUUUACAUUUCUAAAGAUAUGGCAGGAGAAGAAAGUCACAAUAUAAAUUUAAGAAUUGUA